AUGUCCACGCAAACGGAGGCAUCUUAUGUCCCUACGUUGCCUGCCUCGUGGUAUUCCUCGCACGGCAUCUAUGAACUCGAGCGACGCGCGAUCUUCUCUCGAAAGUGGCUUCUUACUACACACAAGCUGCGAUUCCCCAAAACUGGUGACUGGCUCCGCUACAACAUUGCCGGCUACGCUUUCAUCCUGGUGAAAGACCGUGAGGGGAAUAUCAACGCAUUUCACAACGUAUGCCGACACCGGGCUUUCCCAGUGGUCACCGAAGAAGGUGGCACGUCUAGAAUUUUCUCUUGCCAAUAUCAUGGAUGGUCCUACGGCCUCAAUGGCAAGCUUGCUAAAGCGCCCGGUUAUCAGGAAGUGGAAGGGUUUGACAAGAGCAAGAACGGCCUCCUGCCGAUACAUGUUCACAUCGACAUCAACGGCUUUAUCUGGCUUAACCUGGAUGCUGGCGAAAAGCCUGAGACCUCGUGGGAAGACGACAUUGCCGAGAUUGGUCUACAGUCGUGCUUCAAGGACUUCAGCUGGGAGGACUACAGUUUCGACCACACUUGGGAGCUGACCGGAGAGUACAACUGGAAGGUACUGGCCGACUACUCCAGCACUGUUGUUUACAGUACGAAGUCGACACCCGAUCAGAUUGCCAAGGACCUGAAGAGUGCGACGACCUAUUAUUUCCCUAAUGCUUCCAUGACCGUCUUGCCGAACUUAUUCAUAAUGCAGCGAUUUAUUCCUACCAGUCCUACCACAUGCUCAACCCGGUAUGAAGUCUACCGCAGAAAGAGCUCUAGCGAUGAGGACUUCGAGUUGAUUAACCAGGUGCACAACCGCCUUAUGACCGAGGUCCAUGGUCGUUGCGUCGAAACUCAGAGAAACCUCGACCUGGGGGUCUUUGUUAGCGACGAGCCCCACCCCCAUAUGGAGAAGGGCUUGGUCUCCUUCCAGGCCAUCGUCCAUGAUCUGAUCGUGGCGCACCAGAAGCGGGAAGAAGAUACCGGGGAGGAAAUCUGGCCUGCGCGACAAAAGCUCCCCUUGGAAGCAGCAGUCAGCAAAGAGGACAUGGACUUCUGCUCUAAGCUGACCAGCAAUGAAUCGGCUGCCAAGGCCGGUUGUUGCGGUGGAGGGUGUGGCGGUGGACCUCCAACUCAGCCAGCGACUGCCCCCGAGACGAGGGUGUAUUAG